GAUCGAUAAAUUGACACGUGUUGUAGUGAAAUUUUCAACAUUUUCAAAAAGUUUUUUCUCUGUUAUAAAUAAUUUUUUUAAUAAAUUAAUAAAAAUGUUUACGUCUUCACGAUUCAGUCUUGACAAGACUAGCCAAAAUGAUGAUUCUUACUUUAGUCUUCGAAUUGGAUCAAUAUUGAUUGGAUUUUUUUCAAUUCUUACUCUGGUUGUUGGAAUUUUUUAUUUGGACUGCAGUGAAUUUCUUGGUGUUCAAUAUGAAUUAUCAGGACUGGAUUUUAAUAAUGAAGCAUUUAAUCCAAGAAUGUUGAUUUUUUAUAUAUUUGCAUUGGUAUCUGGAUUAUUAAUGUAUGGUGCUGCAACUGAAAAAUCGGUAUAUAUUGUUCCUUGGUUGUGUUGUGGAACAUCAUGGCUUGUAUUGAAUUUUACUGCAACUAUCAUCAAGAUAAUUAAAAUCCAAUUUGAUGACGAACAAAGUACAACAUACUUGAUUGAUUAUAUUUCUCUUUCUACAAUAACUUAUGCUAUUCAAUUAUGUGUUUUUCUAGUUGUUUAUAAUUAUUACACACGUGUUUAUAAGAAUCAAUCUUCACCAACAAAAAUUCAAAUAAAAAAAAAUCAAUUGAGUGAAGAUGAAGCAUAUCUUGAUCAACUAACUAUAAUCACAAGUGAUUAG